CUACAACCCGCACAUUUCUCUCUCCAGGACUCUACUCAGAGUUUACUAGAAGAAGGGAGAGGUGAUGUGAAACGAUGAGACUGUAAGGAGAUAACCAGGCGAGAAGAGAGAGAGAGAGAGAGAGAGAGAGAGAGAGAGAGAUGGAGGAAAGGGAACAGGUCUGACUGACAGCAGAAGGAUAGUUAUCAUUGUGACAGUGAGAAAAGAGUGAGAUACUGCGUGUUACUGCGUGUUAUUGUGGUGUGUGUGGUGUUAGUGUGUGUUAGUGUGUGUAUAGUGUUAGUGUACAGUGUGUUAGUGUAUAGUGUGUUAUUGUAUAGGGUGUUAGUGGAUAGUGUUACUGUAGUGUGUUAGUCUACAGUGUGUUAGUGUAGUGUGUUAGUGUGUUAGUGUAUAGUGUAUUAGUGCAUAGUGUAUAGUGUUAGUGUAGUGUGUUAGUGUUAUUGUAUAGUGUGUUAGUGUAGUGUGUGUUAGUGUGUGUUAGUGUUGGUGUAUAGUGUACUGUUCAGCUGUGUGAGAAAAUGACCUGCAGGAGCUUCAUGACUCUUCUGCUGUUCCAGAUGUUCACCUCCUACACACACGGCAGCUCAUUAGCAUCCAAUGACACUCGCUUCAACUCGUCUCAUGUGGUGGGGUUUAAACCUGCACUUCCUGGUAAAGCUCUGCCCAUUUCCUCAUCCCAAAUCCACGCCCCAGCCGAGGAGCCUGGAAGCAGCGGACUGGGUGAAAACAGGCCUUACAGGACGAUCAGCGUCGACUCUGUAGGUGGCAUGGGUGCGGGUCUACCCACCAUGUCUCGCAGCAAAGCCCAGCUGGACUUUAAAGAGGAAAACGCUGAAGACGUGGCCCCUCGCUGGCGCGGUCAAACCCUACAGCCUGAUGGAAGCAUCCGCGACCGAUCGCUGUUCCUCAGCGAGCCAGAUGAUUCCAGCCCCGUCAUUAAAGUGAGCUUUUCCGAACCGUAUCAAAACCACCAGAUCGAAAUCCCCGCUCAGGAGGUUCAGGGUGGUGAUCCCACGUCUUGGACGUCUGAAUUUUACGAUUAUCUGUCUCCUGAAUACUCCACCACCGAGAGCUACGCAGACGACGAGCUGUCCACGCCUGCGGACAUGGAGGACGAAAAUAUUCGGUACAAUCCCGCAGGGGCCGCAGGGAAUGGCGCUUGCCUACUGGGGUUUGUCCGCAGGAAUGGCACCUGUCAAUCACCUUGUGACGUGUACACCAGUUACUGCUUUAACGGAGGCCAGUGUUAUGUGGUGGAAGGGAUUGGAGCAUUUUGCAGGUGUAACCUACAGAACUACGUGUGGAACAAAGGGAGCAGGUGCGAGUCGGUCAUUACGGAGUUCCAGGUGAUGUGCAUCGUGGUGAGCGGCGUUUCAGUCAUGCUGCUCAUCCUCUUUAUGCUAAUAGUGUUCUUCUCCAAGCGGCUCCACGUGCUGAAGACUGAAAACAGUCAACUGAGAAAACGCAGUAAGUCCAGGCCCCAGUCGUUGCAGCACAAUGAUAACUUCUCGCUGUCCACUGUCGCUGAAGGCUCUCAGGCAAACGUAAGGAACGAGUGUGGCUCUCCGCCUAACCCUCCUCCUGAUUUGGCUUACUAUGAUAAUGUUAUCUGUCAGAACGACACUACCAAGCCCGACGAGCCAGUUGAAACCCCUGUUAAGGAGGAUGAGUCUCUGAACAUCCAGACCUCGCUGACACCUAAACAUGAGAACACCACCGUCGUCGGUGCUGAAGAUCCAGAAGAGAGUGGCGUGACCAUCGAUUUGGAGCUGCUCCUCCCUAACAAGGCGAAGACGCACCCCGAGACGAGCCCGCCGCUUCACUAUAACGUCUUCCUCUAUAAGCUCCCGAAAUCCCCCAAAAUAUCCCCAGGACGAUCCAGGCAGGCGAAAGGUCUCCCCAGACGAGGCUCCGAGCCUGGUUACAGCCCGAUGUCCUCCAGGAAACCCAACCCUCGCCUGGGGAAAGCCUGCACACCGUAAAAAUGUUUUUAAAAAAGUUUAACGCUCACCACGAUGAUGGAUGAUGAAGAACGAGCCAUGGUCUCAUGGAGAUCUGGCCUUACGUUCCGGUACACGCGUACUCUUAACGAAUA